CCCGUUGAUAUAUUUGGGAGAAAAUAGAAUAAGUAGUAUAGUAGUAUCAGAAUUGGUAAUCUUAUUAUCAAAUUCUCUCAGACUCAGAAACCUUGUACGAAGUCAAAACUGCUUUUGACUUUCUUCUUCUUCUCUCAUAUGAUUUUUGCCGGUGCUGUUUGUAGCUGCAAAAGAGGUAUUUUUUGAAAAAAAAGAGAUGGAAUUUGGAGCAAAAGGACAGAAGAAGCCUAAACCCAUUGAUGUGUUUAAGAAUGUCAAGGGCAGAUAUACUGGUUUAAUUAAAGCUCUCACAACAGAUGUGGAAGAACUUUAUAAGCAGUGUGAUCCUGAAAAGGAGAACUUAAGCUUGUAUGGACUCCCAAAUGAGCAAUGGGAGGUCAAUCUACCUGCUGAAGAUUCACCACCAGGCCUUCCAGAGCCUGUUCUUGGUAUCAACUUUGCUAGAGAGGGGAUGGAACAAAAGGAGUGGCUUUCUUUUGUUGCCUAUCACAGUGAUUCUUGGUUGCUUGCUAUUGCCUUCUACGUUGGUGCUAGAUUUGGAUUUGGUAAAGCCGAGAGGAAGAAGCUCUUUGACAUGAUAAAUGAUUUACCUUCAAUACAUGAAGUAGUGAUUGGUGUGCCAGAGACGCAACAAAAAGAAAAACCUACAGUCCCUAAUCAAAGUAAAAACAAAUCCAAGCCAAACGCCAGUAAGAGGGCAUCGGAGCCUCAGGGUAUGCUUACAAAGUUGCAGCAAAAAUAUGAAGAUGAUGAUGAUGAAGAAGAUGAUGAAGAAGAAGAAGAUAAAGAAGACGAGGAGGAAUGGGGUAUUGAGAUGGAUGUUGAAGAGGAGGGAGGUGAGACACUGUGCGGCGUAUGUGAGGGGAAGUAUGCAAAGGAUGAAUUUUGGAUAUGUUGCGAUCAUUGUGAAACAUGGUUCCACGGCCAGUGUGUGAAGAUCACCGCUGCCACAGCUGAGUACAUUAAGCAAUACAAGUGCCCGCCUUGCAGCAGCAAAAGAUCCCGGUCUCACUUUACAGAAUACUGAUCAACAAGAGUUCUCUUGCUGCUAAGUGCAGCUAACUGUUUUAGUUAGGCUAUUCAUGAUGUUUAGCAAAAAUGUCUGAAGUUCAGUCUCAGCCAUAUGAAACUUCAAACGUUUUAUCUCAAGUUAGACUUUGUUAAGACUAACUUCAGUCGUUGCAUGUCUGAAGUUGUCCCGAAGUAAGUAGAUGUGCCAAAAUUUUAGGACAUAA